UGAGGGGGGGACGUUAGAGCUUAUAUUACACGCAGCUGUUAAAGCCCAAACAGAAAAGGAGAAAGAGGCGAAAAGGAUAGAAAUUCUUCAAUAAUUCUAACAUCCUCUGCUAACCUGAGCUCUGAGGAUUAACAGGAUGGAUGGAAUUCCAAAAGUAAACUGUACCCGCCUCCCUCUCUCUGCUCUGCGCCUCCUGGUCUCUCCGAUUCGUCUGGUCUCAGCAGCUGCCUGGCAGACCGUCCAGCAGAAAGUUGUGGCUGAUUAUGGGAUGCUUGAGGAGUUUGUUUCCAUGGUUACAGACAUUGUCCCAGAGCUGCUCACCUCCCACCAGAGGGCCCAACUCAUCCUGGGCCUCAGAGCACGGCUUAUCCUGGAGUUAUGUCAGUUUGAAGCCUCUGCUGACUCUGAGAUUGUUCAGCCACACCUGGACAGGAUGCAGACCCUUAUCAAGGCAUGGGUAAUAGAGGCUGGUUCUGAGUCGGAAUCAAACUUUGUGGAUCUGGUUAAGAACAUGCUGAAAAAUCCUGACAUGAAGGAAAACUUCUUUCAGAAUGUUUUCCUUGAGGAGUUUGGUCCCACAUUUGAUGAAGCACUUCACACCCUGAUGUGGCUGCUUCUGUCCAGACUUGAAAAGUAUCUUCCUCUUCAAACUUUCCAGCAGGUUGCCUCCGUGGUGGGCGAGGUGCCCUCUGUUCUGGAGGAUUUUAUGGAGUCUGUGUCUCAGUGUGAGGAGCUCAGAACUGUGCUGCAGUAUCAAAAAGACCUCGGCCAAUUGGAUCAUAAUGAUGGUUCCUUGGAUGGUGCCUGCAUUAUUUCAGCUCUCAAACUCCCCUCUGUAAAAAGAACUGAGACACAUAAAGAACAAGCACAAGACAACACCUUGGAUUAUGUGGUAUCAUGUGCAUCAGAUGUGGAGAAGGAACCUGUAUCAUUGCCUCAUACACCACAGAUAAACACUGACAACAUCACAGAGCUCCAUCAGAGUCAAGCGGAGGAUGCAUCUCGCCUUCUGAAACGAUGCUGUGUUCAGCUGGAGAGACUUGACAUGCCGCUGUCUUCACUGUCUCGACCUGUGAGACGAAACAGAGGCCUGAAAAUGAAAAAGAUUCUGCUAGGACUUCAUGAAGAGGACGUCCCUACCUGCAAACCUGCUUCUAGGAAAACAAAACCAUCUAACAGGGCUUCCCCCGAGGGGUCUGACAAUGAGGAUUCAAGCAAAGACUUCUCAUACAUGGCUCCUAUCAGUAACUGCAGUGAAGAUGGCUCAUGGUCUUACUACUCAGAUGAGGAUGAGACUUGCCGCAAGACAACUAGUAGAAGUCCCAGUCUGGCUGGCUCAUGGUCUGUCUACUCCAGUGAUGCGUCUUCGUUUCUCACUGAAUAUGAUUCAUUGUCCAGCUGCUCAGAUGAGGACGCUCCCUUAGUUAGUCCUAAAGUUUUAUCAACUACUAGCACAAAGCCCGGCAUCUCUGACAUCAAAGCUAGCACUGCAAAAAAAACGUGUAAAGUUUACUGCUUUAUCUGCAAGGAGCACGUAAAUCCAAGCCUGAGAACGCACAUGAAAACCCACUUUCCCGCCGGAGAUUACGCCUGCCCUCGGUGCGACAGCAGAUUUAAACUCUUCACAUCUUUUAAGAGGCACUUGCGCAGAACCUGCUAUGAAUACAGUAAGCAGCAGGUAGAUCCGGAGAAGCCGGACGAAGCCAAGAAUCUUUACAAAUGUGACAAAUGCCAGGAAGCGUUCAGGUACAAAGUUUCACUGGACAGGCACAAACUAACCCACAACGAACUGUACUGCAGUGUGUGCAGGAAGGUGUUACGAGACACGGCAGCGUUAGCGAGGCACAAGGCUUCGCACACCCUGUUUCAGUGUCCCCGGUGUGAGGAAACUUUCACCAUUUUUAUGCCCUUACUCAGGCAUUGCGAAAACAUCCAUAAAAUCAGCCGACCGUUUAAAUGCAACCAUUGUCCCAAAACUUUACCCAAGCUCCGCUUUUUGAUCCUACAUGAAUGGACACACACAGGACAUCUGCCGUUCCAGUGCGCUCAGUGCAGCUGUCGAUUCAAAUCCGACGCUGAUCUCAUUUACCACGAAAGGGUCCACACGAAAGAGAAACCCUACCUGUGUCCGGAGUGCGGCAAGACUUUUUCCCAGAAUUCCAACCUUUUGCGGCACUUGAAUCUCAUCCACGGUGAGUUGCGAAAUGAGAAGAAGCAUUCUUGCUCUCAGUGUGAGAAAUCCUUUAAAGAGAAAGGAGCCCUGAAAAAACACCAGAGGAGCAAACACUUAAAUGAACUGUUCCGUAAUCCGUGCCCGUACUGUGGAAAGUUGGUCUCCACCACAACACUCGCUAGACAUAAAUUAAUCCAUACAGGAGAGAGACCUUUCAAAUGCACCGUGCCUGAGUGUGACAAAUACUUCAGGUCAACCUCUGAAGUGAAGAAGCAUGUCCUUAUAAAACAUACUACAGAGAGACCAUACAAAUGUGAUGUCUGUGGAAAGGGCUUCAUAAAAAUGUGCUUCGUCAAGGCACAUGCUAAAAUACAUUCAGGAGAAAAGCCGUUUGCUUGCCAUAUCUGCGGAAAGGCUUUCCUCAAGCUCUACAGCAUGCGGAGACACAAAAAACUUGUACAUACGUAUGUGACACAUUAACAGCAAACCUGCAGUUACAGUCAUGGUGUAUGCACUGGAUGCAAGACUGAACCACGCUGGACCAGUGACUGCCUUCAUAUGUUGUAUAAAACUGCAUUAAAAGAGAACUCCACUGAGCUUUGAGCCCCUAUAACAUUGUCAAACUCAUGACAGGGAAUAACUUGUAUUAAAAGGUGAUAUUUGUGGGGUGACUUGAUAGCUAAAUAACCAGGUUGUAUACCAUGUGGGUGGAUAUGGCCCUGAGCAGUGAGCCCCUGCUUCGACACUUUUUCUCUACUGCACUGUCCAAUAACGGCACAAAAACACUCCCAAUCUGAUUCUUGAUGAUUUUGAUCAUUCUUUGAACUAAUCAUUGCAUGUCUGACAGUGUUAUAGGAGUGCAGUACUCAGUGAAAAAGGUUGUUUGUGAGCACAGGUUGUUUUUCAGCUCAUUUUCAACAUGUACGAUCUAUGUUUUUGAAGAAUUUCACCAUGAAAUAGGCAUCUGAAUUCAGUCGACUCUGUUAAUGUUUUUUUUGUUUGUUUGUUUUCUUUUUGUCUUGAAAUUUGACACAAGUCCAGCUCAUUGCUCUUCAAAAAAGCCUCUGGGACCAUAAAAGUUUACCAUGAUGGAUUUUUCACCAUUUCAAAAUUUCUGAAAAGCACAUUUUGACAUCUUGCCCUAAACUAUAGGUCCAAGUGCUGACAGAUUUUCUGCAGACUGUGUGUUGACUAUGUUUUGUUGUUCUAUUUGUUAUGUGGUUUAAUCAAGAUUUGGAGGGAGACUUGGAAAGGGGAAAAUGGUAUCACCAGACGUCAAACUUGUAUUUCUCUCAAUUAAUGAGCAAAGGCUCUGAUGUAAUCAUACUAAAUAAACAGGUUCAUGU